AUGGUCAGUGAUCCACAUCCACCACUUCAUGAGUAUCAUCAGUCAGGGCAUCUCAUUGUUGGCGCCAUUGCUUCUCACUCCUUAAUUAUCCCAAGUCCAUUAGAAUUCACUGCAAAACCUCCACCAGCAUUACUCGAAGAGCUCAGUUCAGUGCCCAAGAAUUACCAGCACAUCCUGGCUUUGGCAUUUGCAGUAAAGGAAAUCAAUGAAAACCCUCAGAUCUUGCCAAACAUCUCCUUGGGAUUCCAUAUCUACGAUAGCUAUUUCACUGCCAAGUGGACUUACUAUGUUACAAUGCUACUUAUAUCCAUGCCAGAGAGAUUUGUUCCGAACUACAAAUGUGACCGCCAGAAUAACCUAAUAGCAGUCAUUGGAGGCCUGGAUGCAGACAUCUCUCUUUAUGUGGCAACUAUCUUGGAUGUCUACAAAAUUCCACAACUCAUCUAUGGUCCUGCUCCAGUGAUGAAUGAUAAAACCCCAGGCCUUUCCUUCUACCAGAUGGCACCUAAUGAAGAUCUUCAAAAUGCAGGGAUUCUUGCUUUACUUCUGCUUUUCAGAUGGACAUGGAUUGGGCUUGUUGUUAUGGAUAAUGACAAUGGAGAACAGUUUGUGCAAACUGUGUUUCCAAUGUUUUCCCAGAGUGGCAUCUGCUUUGCCUUCAUAGAAAGAAUCCCCCAAUUGACAUUUGUCAAUGAAAUUAAUGACAUGUUGCAUCAAGGAGAAAAAAUAAAAGAUAAAAUUAUGAAAAGCAAAGCAAAUGUAGUAGUGGUAUAUGGAGAAUCUUAUAUAAUGGUGAUGGUUGCAUGGGUUGCAUUUUUAUCAGAACCAGAACAUGAAACAAACAAAACAAGAAGUAAAGUGUGGAUACUAACAGCCCAGGGGGAACUGACUGCAGUUGUCUUCCAAAGAUCUUGGGAUUUACAAAUAUUCAAUGGUGCUAUUUCCUUUACAUUCCACUCUAAUGGUCUACAAGAAUUUCACCAAUUUGUCAGGAGCAGAACCCCUUCCAACACAAGAGGAGAUGGUUUUAUAAUGGACUUCUGGGAAAAGGCUUUUGGCUGUGUUUUCCCAAACAGAUUUCUAAGCAAGAUAGAGGGGGACAUUUGCACUGGAGAGGAGAAGCUGGAGAGACUCCCAGCAGCCUUUUUUGAAAUGAGCAUGACUGGCCACAGUUACAGUAUCUACAAUGCUAUAUAUGCUGUUGCUCAUGCUUUACAUGCUUUGUCCUCAUCUAGAUUCAAACAGAGAAGAUUGGUGGACAGCCAAGGAUGGACUUUAGAGACUCAUCUUUUGUGGCAGCUCCAUCACUUUCUGAGAGGUGUCUCAUUUAACUACAGUGCUCGGGACCAGAUCACUUUUGACCAGAAUGGGAAGUUAGUUGCUGGCUUUGAUAUUAUGAAUUGGAUUUUUUCCUCCAACCAAUCAUUCCAUAGAGUGAAAGUUGGGAAGAUGGACCCCCAGGCUCCUCCAGACAAAGCACUUCUCAUCAAUGAGGAUGCCAUCACAUGGCACAGCUGGUUUAACCAUGCACGACCUCUUUCUCUAUGCAGUGAGAUUUGCCAUCCUGGAUCCAGCAAGAGAGUGAAGGAGGGGGAGCCAUUUUGCUGCUAUGAUUGUAUCCCAUGUCCAGAAGGGAAGAUUGCAGAUCAGAUGGAUAUGAAUGAGUGCCAUAAAUGCACAGAUGAAAAAUAUCCAAACAAAAAACAAGAUUCCUGCAUUCCCAAGGAGAGAAGCUUCUUGUCCUAUGAAGAAGCUUUGGGAAUCAGUUUAGCCUUUGUUGCUGCUUCCUUUUCUUUGAUCACGGCUCUGGUGCUAGGAGUCUUUAUGAAGCACCACAACACUCCAAUUGUCAUAGCCAAUAACAGGAAUCUUACCUACACUCUCCUCAUCUCCCUCCUACUCUGCUUCCUGUCUGCAUUGCUCUUCAUUGGUCAACCAGGGAAGGUGACCUGUCUCCUCCGACAAACUGCUUUUGGCAUCAUCUUCUCAGUGGCUGUUUCUUGUGUGCUGGCAAAAACCACCACAGUGGUUCUGGCUUUCAUAGCUACCAGGCCAGGAUCCAGUAUGAGGAAAUGGGUGGGGAAAAGACUGGCCUAUUCCAUUGUUUUAUUAGGCUCUCUUAUUCAAGCAAGCAUUUGUGUUCUGUGGCUUGCAAACUCUGCCCCAUACCCAGACACUGACACUCACACAUUGGUUGAAGAAAUGGUUCUAGAAUGUAACGAAGGUUCGGUGACUAUGUUUUACUGUGUCCUGGGCUAUAUGGGGUUUCUUGCAACUGUCAGUUUCACAGUGGCAUUCCUUGCCAGGAAACUACCAGACAGUUUCAACGAGGCCAAGUUCAUCACUUUCAGCAUGUUCGUCUUUUGCAGUGUUUGGCUAACCUUUAUUCCAGCAUACGUGAGCUCUAAGGGAAAAUACAUGGUAGCUGUGGAGGUCUUUUCUAUCUUAGUCUCCAGUGCUGGCUUGCUGGGCUGCAUCUUUGCUCCCAAAUGUUACAUUAUUUUGUUGAGGCCUGAGCUAAACAAGAGAGAACAGUUAAUGAAAAGAAAGGCAUCAAGAAUGUAA